UUACAAAUUCUCAUACCCUUAAGUAUUAGUCACGAUGGAUACGAAGAUGAUAAAGGUAGAACUUAUUUAACUUCUAUACUAUCACGUUCUGAUGCUAUAAAUGGAUUCGAAAAUUCAUUGAACAUGAGUAAUGAUUCCAGUAUGACAAUUAUUAUAGCCGAAGAUACUUACAUGCCAUCAUCGCCCUCAUAA